UCUCUAUAAGGUUUAACUGUUGUAGUAGAAAAAAGGGUAGUACUUUGAAUAGAGGGAGUGGGUAGAGACCGAGAGGGAGAUUCAAGCACCAAAAAAGGUAUUGAGUCAGAGCUAGAGAAACUGCAGGUUUGACAGUUGUGGCACAACCAUGGAAAGCAACAGGAAGACAAGAACGAGGGCAGAGGACAGACAGACAAAGAGAGGAGGGAUCUGACUUACAAAGACAAAACAGAGAGAGGAAAAACGUGAGAGGGAACAUGACCUGUUGAAAGAGGAUGUUUGCAUAGAAACAACACAAGUGAUCAAGCUUAGCAGGUAAAGAGUAAAAACGAUAGGCGGGGUAAGCAGAAGGUUUAGGUUUUGAUACAGAAAGAGAUCCCAAAAAGCAACUGUCUGUUUGGCAGAGGUGAAGCCAGAGAGAGAUUGGACUGUUACUGUAUUCUCAAGAAACCAAAUAGAGAAACUGUUAAGGAAGAGGAAAAAUAUGUUCCACCUUAAAUUCAUGCAAAUUCAACAACUGGACAUCAGGGUUUCACUGCUAUUUUAAACCAGCACGCACCUCACCCAUUGGGCAUCAUGUCGACUAGCCCUGGCCUUGGUUCACCUGACCAGAACGGGAGCUCACAGACCACUGGACCUGUUGGACUCCAGACCCUGUUGGACCUACUAGUAGGGGUCUAUCAGGAGUUCUACUCCUCACUCUUUGCAAGGGAGAAGUAUGUAUCUCGUUUCCUUCAAUGGGCUGAGCCUCUGGUGAGGCAGGUGAAGAAGACUCGCAUCAAAAGAGAAGACUUUCACAUCCUGAGAGUGAUUGGUCAUGGCACAUUCAGUGAGGUUGCUGUAGCAAGGAAGCAAAACACACAACAAGUGUACGCUGUGAAGAUUAUGAAUAAGUGGGACAUGCUGAGGCGAGGAGAGACAGCAUGUUACCAGGAAGAGAGGGAGGUUUUACUGAGGGAUGACAGAAGCUGGAUCACAGAAUUGCACUAUGCCUUUCAGGAUGACAACUAUCUGUACCUGGUAUUGGAUUAUUACGUAGGAGGGGACCUGCUGUCUCUGCUCAGUAAAUUUGGAGACAGGAUCCCUGAGGACAUGGCUCAGUUCUACCUGGCAGAGAUGGUCAUGGCCAUUGAAUCUGUCCACAAACUGGGUUAUGUGCACAGAGACAUCAAACCUGACAACAUCCUGCUGACAGCUGAUGGACACAUCAGACUUGGGGACUUUGGCUCCUGUCACAGACGCUUAGAUGGGAUGGUUCACUCUUCCCUAGCAGUCGGGACCCCUAACUAUUUGUCCCCGGAGAUUUUAAGGGCAGUAGAGGGAGGUGGAGGUUAUGGUCCUGAAUGUGAUUGGUGGGCUUUGGGUAUUUGUGCCUAUGAAAUGCUGCUUGGGACCACACCCUUCUACGCAGAGUCCACCUCUGAAACAUAUGCCAAGAUUAUAAAUUUCAAGGAGUAUUUUGUGUUCCCUCUCGCUGGGCUGGAGAUUUCAGAUAAGGCUCAUUCAUUCAUCCCUGGGCUAAUCUGUGAGAGGGAAAUCCGUCUGGGGAGGAAACGCUCCAGUGACUUCAGGAGCCAUCCAUUCUUCUGUGGAAUAGACUGGAAUUCCCUGAAUCAACUCUCUGCACCAUUCCUGCCUGAUGUAUCUAAUGCUACAGACACUUCCAACUUUGACAUUCUAGAUGACUCUCUUAGCGAAAUGGAGACACUCUCUGAUGUAAUGAAAAGAGCACCAAAGGGAGUACACUUGGCUUUUGUCGGAUAUUCUUACACAGCUACCAGGUGGACGGGUGCCAUUGACCACAGUCAAAACAUUAUGAUGCAGAUUGACCACACAAGGCUCAAGGAGCGUGAGAGACUGUACACACAAGAGAAAGUGAGCCAGCUGUUGCAUCUCACCGAUGCUCUGCCAGACAACAUGCCUGCAUUGCUGAAGCUCCCACUCACUGCAAAGCAAAGUCGUACUGUGUCCACCCAAACCACCACUGAGGAGGAGGAGGGGGAUACUGACAAAAUAUCAGAUCUUGAAGAAGACUUUCACAGGUUACAGGAAGCACACUGUGAGUUGGAGAAAGAAAUGCAGAGAUUGAAAUGGGAAAUGCCAGACUGGAAAAGGAGAAGAGCGCCCCCAGACUGCCAGUACCCGCUGGUGAUUCCUCUCCACCGUCACCUGCUCCUGUUCCACAGGGUUCACCUGCCACAUGUGACAAGUCAGUCAUACGUGCUAGUUUGUGCCGAAUGGGGGGAGGUUGAGGCCUGGGAGAGACACUGUUACACUGAGGUCUCCUGAGUGCACAGUGAGGUGUCACAUACUGACUUCCCCCAUUCGAACGGCACAAAGUACUAAGCACCUGCUCAAUGCUCAUUCCCUUCCCCACUCUUCCCAAACUUCAAGUAGACCAGAAGGAAAAUGAAGGACUAAAAGCUUCUUACGAGAUUCUCCGAGCAUGUAUUUAGAGUAAGAACUUUUCAUGAUAGAUUUUUCCAAGUGACGUGAUGUGAGAGGCAACGCUAGGAGCUUAUGAGGAAGAAAUGACAUGGACUUUCUCUUAAGUACCUUGCCUGUCUAUCCAGACUGAAAAUCCCGAUUGAGAUACACUUGGUUCCUAGCACAUUGUGCAUCUUCACUAGUCUCAUGAUUUGUGCUUAAAGAGUAUUUUAGACUGUUACUGUUGUUUCAUGUGCGUUUAAAGGUUUUUAGUUGAAAAAUCAGUAACAACAGUAAGUCUAUAGCAGCGGUCAGGGCUCUCCACAUUCAUUUAGUUUAAACAAGUGUGCUGCAUCUUUAGCUUGAUUGUAUCAGGGUGCUUAAAUUAGGUGACCUGUUUUAUACAGCUCAAAACAAUGCUUGGAUAAAUGUCUGUAUUAGGUUUUUCUGAUUUGUAUUUCUUUGGGAUGCAUGGUAUUAUAUUUUUUAGUUAUCCGAUGCCUAUAUCAUAACAAAUUUUGUCAGAUUGCCAAUGCCGGUACAGAUAUAUUAACAUUUUCCAGCAAAUGGCAGAGAACAUGAAGUCUCUGCUGUAGCAGGAUUAACAUAUUAUUUAUGCCAUUUUGUGUCAUAAUGGCAUAAUGGCAGAUGCAGACUGGUCAAAAUUAGAAGACCACCUUAACUUAGGUUACAAAAAAAACAUGCCAUGUUAUUUAUUUGUAUGUAAGAUUUUUAAACAGAACUGGAUAAAUACUUUAACAGACUAGAAUGAUGCUCUCCCUGAGGCAAUCCUAAUAAUACCCACUUCCAGGGCAAAUUUUACCUUUUUGACAAGUUGCUAAAAAAGUCAGUCAACAUCAACUCUGUCCACAGGGAUGAUGUGAAAGUAAGAACAUUGUACAAAUGUACAGCAAUUAGUGUACAUAGUGUACUCUUCUUCACACUGAUGAAUACAUUAACCUAAAUUCAGAGUUCAUAUAUGCUUUACACCAGUGGUCUUCAACAGGGGGUUGGCGAUCCCUAGGGGGUCCGCGGGGUACUGCAGGGGGGUCGCGAAAUGUUUGGUUGAUAAGACAAUUUUUUACAUUUAUUUUAUUUUUUUUGCCAUAAUUUGACUAAACGUUUCAAACUGAUUCUCUCCACUCAACGACGCACCCAUUGAGAAGUAAACUCUGGUCAUUGGCCACUCGAUCCUGAGAAACGAGAGGUUAGCGACACCAGUGACCAUAGUCAAUUGCAUGCCGGGGGCCAAACUGAGGCUGCUGGCAAAAUUAAACGUAAAUACAGUAAGACUUUUAAAUGUGAACUUUUAAACAGGAGAUCAUUAUCAUCAAAGUCUUUUUUAGGUAAUGAACUAGUCUCAGAUCCCAACAUUGAUUUAUUGUCUCUCACUGAGACCUGGCUGCAUCCCGAUGAAUAUGUCAGCCUAAAGGAAUCUACUCCCCCCAGUCAUAUAAAAACUGGGGGGAGUAAAAUUAUUAUUGUUGGUGACUUUACUAUUCAUGUUGACAAUAAUGAUGAUAGCCUCAGCGUAGCAUUUAUUUCAGUUCUAGACUCAAUUGGUUUCAGUCAGUGUGAACACCAACCUACUUAUUGUUGUAACCACACACUUGACAUUGGAUCAUCAAACAGUGUAAAAAAUUGAAAUAAAAAAAAAAAGAGAAUUUUAGAUAAUUA